GCGACGGCCAUUAGUAUCUUAACGGAUGAAUACAUGGUGGGAUGUCUCGGGGACCUGUAUGAGAGCAUUGGCAAACUCGGCCAAUCUUACAUGCUCACAACUCAAACUAAGGAUUCCAUUUUGAAUCCACAACUUUCAAUCUCCGCCGCUGAAUUACCUCUUUUACCGGCCAGUUCCAGUCGCAGUUCUUCAGGAUAUUCUGGAUAUGGUAAUACUGAGAAGGGUUUUGUAAAGGGUGUGGUCACUUACAUGGUGAUGGACAAUUUGGAAGUGAGCCCUAUGUCUUCCAUAUCUAGCGUCACAUUACUUAACAAGUUUAAGAUCCAGGAUUUGAGUCAACUUGAAGAAAGGAUGGUUGUUUUAGGCAAGGAUGAGGCUUGGAAGCUACUGAAGGAAUCUUUGCAGACAAAGAACGUUCUUACAAGAGUGUUUCUUGGAAGUAUGGUGAAUUAGGAUGCUAAUAAGGAGCAGUGAUCUAGAUGUAAAGGAGAUUAAGGGGAUGGGAACUAGUGGCUGGUUUGGAAAUUGUCUUGUAUAUACUGGAAGGUCUUGAGUUUUUGCAUCUUUUUGUUAUUCCUGUGGUACAGUUUCAGGGGUUAAUUGAUAUUGGAUAAAAAGUAAUAUUUUC